AUGGUGGGCAAAAAUUUAAUUAAAGAGGCAAUAACGGAAGCUAUGGAUGAAGAGAUGGAUAGAGUAAGACAGGAAAUACAAACUUGGAAAGAGGAGGAACUGAAAUUGAUUUUAAGCAGUAUAAUAAAAGAAGAAGUAAAGAAAUUAGCGGAUAUUAUGCCAUUGAGGGGAACAAGUAUACAAGAAGUAGGGAAGAAGAAGAAGAGUUACAGCGAUGCGGUAUCUGAUAAACAAGAAGCAGUAAUUAUUAUCAAGCCAUCGAAAGAAGAUGAUGCUAACUCUAGUGAGGAAACAAAGAGGGACAUUAAAAAUAAAAUUGAUGUAACUAAAUUAGGACUAGGGAUCAGAAAAAUGAAGAAGGCAAGCAAAGGAGCAGUUGUAAUAGGAUGCGAGAAUAAUGAUCAAGCAGAAAUAUUGAGGGAGAAAGUAAGUAGUGACCUGGGCGAGAAGUAUGUUAUACAAGCUCCAAAGAAGAAGAAAAAGAAAAUAAAGAUAUUUGAUGCUGAUAAGGAAGAUUGCGAAAAUGAGAAAGAAUUCUGGGAAAAGAUAGAAGAGCAGAAUGGAUUUGUGAAGAAUAGUGUACGAGGGAAAAUUGUACAUAAAUCGCAGAAGGGAAAAUCUCAACGAACGACAAUUAUAGCGGAAGUGGAUGAUAAGACACAUGAAACAAUGCUGGAAGAAGAAAAAGUCAAAAUUGGAUGGAACAUAUGCAAAGUGCAAGAUUAUAUAGGGAUUCUAAGAUGUUUUAAAUGUUGCGGCUAUUAUCACUUUGCGAAAGAUUGUAAAAAAGAAGUAGCUUGCGGAAAAUGUGCAGGAAAGCAUGCAACAAAUGAGUGUAGGAGUGACAUAGGAAAAUGUGUAAAUUGCGAAGAAAAAAUUAAAAGUUUUAAACUCAAAAACUUAAAUUCGGAACAUUCAGCAUUUGAUACAAAUUGUCCAUAUUAU